CGGCCGCUCGCACCACCAAUCUUCGAUUCCGGCAGCUUUGCGAUGGAGGAAGCGCGACGCCGGGGCGAAACAUCGCGAGAUUGGACGAGAGCUUCGCCAUGGAAUCGGCCAUUGCCCUCUCUCCCGCCACACCUUCUAUUGUGUGGCUCUCAUGCCUCUAGCGCUAUAAUUCGAGAUUAUUCCAUGGAAGAUUCGUCUCUUUUCAUGGUGGCAUUGUUAGGGUUUAUAGAGGCUACAAGGCGCUAGCGUCCAGAUCGAUGCAACACAGUAGGCCUAGCAGAUCUACAGGCGAGCUACUCGGGGUCGAUCGAAUCCAAUGCUGUCAGCUUGCCAAUAGUACUGUGGGGGCGAUUGGCUGGAGUGAUUCAAGCGGGGGAUUUUGGCGUGCGCGAUGAUCCAAAUUCUGGGGCUUUGUGAGGGUCGCAAAGGGACGCGAUUGGCGACGGAUUGGAACGCGGCUGCGAAUGGAUGCCUAGGACUUGCCGCGCUCCUCGGAUCGUCACGCCAUGGAUCUAUUUAGAAAGCCGCCAAGCGCGUUCUAGCAGCUCCGCCGCGGGGUUUUGGAGAUGAAUUCCUGUAGCAAGGCGAUUCUCAAGCCCUCGAAGGAUGUGGUGCCGCUCAGCACCUGGAUCCUCAUCUCCAAGCUCAAGGUGGAGUACAUGCUCACGCGCGGCGCCGACGGAUCCUUCAACCGCAACCUCGCCGAAUUCCACGAUCGCAAGGCCAGCGCUAGCCUCGCCCCACACGACGGCGUCGCGUCCAUGGACGUGACCAUUGAUCGCUCCUCCGGCCUUUGGUCCCGGAUCUUCCUCCCCGCCAUCGCCUACGCCCAAGAAGAGCAAGAAAAUCGCGACGACAAAGUGCCCAUAAUCUUCUACUUCCACGGCGGCAGCUACGCGCACUCCUCCGCCAAUACCGCGCUGUACGACAUGGUGUGCCGCCAGCUCUGCCGUACGUGCCGGGCGGUGGUCAUCUCCGUCAACUACCGCCGGGCGCCGGAGCACCGCUGCCCGGCGGCGUACCGCGACGGCCUGGCGGCGCUCCGGUGGCUCCGGCUGCAAGCCGCCCGGCACGUUGCUGCCACGUGGCUACCGCCGGGGGCCGACCUCUCGCGGUGCUUUCUAGCGGGGGACAGCAGCGGCGGUAACAUGGUCCAUCACGUGGGCGUCGCGGCGGCUACCGCGCGGCACGAGCUCUGGCCGGUGCGCGUCGUUGGGCACGUUCUCUUGAUGCCCAUGUUUGGCGGUGUGGAGAGGACCGCGUCCGAGAGGAGGCUGGACGGGCAGUACUUUGUGACGGUCAAGGACAGGGAUUACUACUGGAAGCUCUUCUUGCCCGAGGGGGCGGACAGGGAUCACCCGGCUUGCAACGUUUUCGGGCCCGGCUCGGCCGCGGAAAGGGUGCUCGGGGAGAUUCCAGUGCCAAAGUCGCUGGUGGUGGUGGCGGGGCUGGAUUUGACGCAGGACUGGCAGCUACGGUACGCUAGGGGGAUGGAGAGAUCCGGGAAGAGCGUGGAGGUCCUGGUGCUCGAGGACACGCCAGUGGGUUUCUUCAUCUUUCCAAACACCGAGCAGUACUACCGGGUGAUGGACAAGAUCCGGGGGUUUGUGCGCGACGAGGAGGAGCCCAUGGAUUCCUCGACGUGGAGAGAUUCAUCGCUCGCUCGCCAGGUACUUCCAAGUUUGUGUGGGUGUUUUCCUUGGAUUGAUCUCUUGUGUAGGAAAGAGAAUAAGAACACGACCUGAAAGAAGAGGAGACUUGGGAUCUCCCGCUUUCAAGCUUGUUCCAAGACUUGGAACCUUUGUUUUGGUAGCUUCCAAAAAGAAAGAAAGUAUAGACGGCGCAGAUUGUCGCCAUCCAACGCUCCAGAUUCACAGACACUGUGUUCGUCACGCUUUCGCGGGCGCCGUGUUUGUCUACAACAAGAUGUACGCCGGAUUGAGGCAAAACAAGCGUUCCAUAAGACUCUGUCUGCUAGUUGCGUGGGAUUUUGAGGAAUCCACGGAUGCUCGCAGCAUAUGCAGUCUAAGGUAUAUCUUAAUUAGAGAGAAUAUUUCACGGCCAGGAGGAUAUUCUUUCUCUUGCCGACAGGAUAUUCGACUCUAGGCACAAAAAUAUUCUUUAGACUUUGAUUC